UUCUCGGUAACCCCGCUGCAAUCGGUUCCACGAAAGUCGGUCGCGACUAUUACGGAUCCGGAUCACCUCUGUGCCUGUCUUCUACCUUUUCGCUGUGCAACUUGUAUCUGUUAUGCCGCAAGCAUUCACGAUUUACAGUUGAUGCCAUCCCUUUGUGAUCACUCGAUAAUAUUGGCCUCCAAUUUGACCCCACUGUUGGGUACAUGAUUUCGAUCCAGGACUACACUGGCGCCUCAUCGUACUACAGUAAUCCUAAAAUUUUCACUUUUUUAUUUUCUACCUGAUUGCAAUCCGCUUGCGCUCCUCAUUCUCUGCCUACUGCAAUCUAAAAGUGAAAAUAGACCUCCAUAAAUCCAGAAAUGCUGCGCGUUGCGGGGGUUGCGCUAGGUAUGACUGCCGCCAAGUAUGCGGCAAAGAAGGCGGCGGAACAGAAGAAGAAGGAGGGCCGGCUGAAAGAAAUGCUGGAGCAGCAGGGGGGAAGUGCCAUGGUGUACUUGGUCAUUGGAAUCGCGGACCCCGAUUUCGUAGACUGGCUCGCGGGGGAGAAAACCGGCGCCUCCCAGCUUGUGGCCGCGUUCUUUACGGAAAGCGAAGCCAAGGCCUUUUUGAUUCGGCAGCAGGAGCGCAUGGCGCUCGGGCUGGUAGACCAGGGUGACGGACUGAGGCUGGAGAUCGACAAGGUCACGAUGCGGUUGGUCCCGCUUUCCAAGGCGGAUGCGGCGAACAAAAAGACCUUCUACGGCCUGCGCGGAACGCAGUACCAGCUGCAGGAGCUGACCGGAAAGUAUUCCCCGGCGCUGGUCGUGGAGCAUCUCCGCCGUCUGGACCCCCUUGGCGUCGCGGUGCCGCCCUUCGAACGCCCGGCGACGUCUAUGAACUGCAAAAGCAUCGUACUCGUGUAAAUGCAUUACAAAUUUCCUCAGCAUGAGAAAUAAAAUUUGUAGUGCGGAUCUACCUUAGGAAAAAAAUGCAUGACUGCGAUACGAGUACGAUACUUUUGCACAGGAUAACGUCGUACAACGAGCAGGCUGCUCGCGCUUCACGCCAGGAAUUCAAACGUUGGCUGGCGACACAAAUGGCUGCGCCAAAAUGACGAACCGCGGGGAAGCGCAGAAGCGUGAGGAAGCAGCGUGGAAGAAGUUCCAUGGAAGAGGUGCAUUUUCUUUUUUAUGGACGAAGCUACAGGCUCAGCGUCAGUUUAAGAAUCCUGAAGAUUAUAAUCUUGAGUAAUUUUUGUAUGAUGAUUAUUUGCGAGUAGAUGUCGUUACGAGUUUGUCUUCUGGGCGCGACGUCGGGAGAAGUACUCCGAUGCCGUACGCCGCAGAAGUUGUAAUGCACUCCGGUGAUGAAGAUGAUGAAAAAUAAGUACAGUGUAAUCUUUGUGAGUUUCACUGACCUCGAAUUGGAAAUGGCAUGCAGGCUGGUACUGUAUUCCAUCUGGUAAACCAUGAACUUCUCGGUAGACACUGAAUGAUAUUGACUGGGAACGACCAUGCGAGCUUCACGCCUUGACAAACACAAUCUAACUUAAAGUGUCUCCC